AUGCUGGUGCCCCUGAGUGGGCUGCUGUGGUGGUGGUGCUGCUGCUGUGCCUGGUACUGCUCUGGACUGUGUGCCCCGGCUCCCCAGAUGUUGCGCCACCAGGGUCUCCUCAAGUGCCGCUGCCGCAUGCUCUUCAAUGACCUGAAGGUUUUCCUACUGCGGCGCCCCCCUCCAGCGCCCCUGCCCAUGCACGGCGACCCCCAGCCCCCCAGUUUGGCGGCCAACAACAACACCCUUCCGGCUCUGGGUGCCGGGGGGUGGGCAGGCUGGAGGGGUCCGCGAGAAGGGGUGGGCAGGGAGACCACGCCUCUGCCACCUCUACCACCUUUGCCACCUUCUUCUGUGGAAGAUGACUGGGGUGGCCCAGCCACAGAGCCGGCCACCUCACUGCUCAGCAGUGCCUCCUCAGAUGACUUCUGUAAGGGGAAGGCUGAGGAUUGCUACUCCCUGGGCAGCAGCCUGGACAGUGGCAUGAGGACCCCGCUCUGCCGCAUCUGCUUCCAGGGGCCGGAACAGGGGGAGCUGCUGAGCCCGUGCCGCUGCGAUGGCUCGGUCAAGUGCACGCACCAGCCCUGCCUCAUCAAGUGGAUCAGCGAGCGGGGCUGCUGGAGCUGCGAGCUGUGCUACUACAAGUACCACGUCAUCGCCAUAAGCACAAAAAAUCCUCUGCAGUGGCAGGCCAUCUCUCUGACAGUCAUUGAGAAGGUUCAGAUUGCAGCCGCCAUCUUGGGUUCCCUCUUCCUCAUCGCCAGUAUCUCUUGGCUUAUCUGGUCAACCUUCAGUCCCUCAGCAAAAUGGCAGCGCCAAGACCUCCUCUUCCAGAUCUGCUAUGGGAUGUACGGAUUCAUGGAUGUGGUGUGCAUAGGUCUCAUCGUGCAUGAAGGACCGUCGGUGUACCGCAUCUUUAAACGCUGGCAGGCCGUCAACCAACAGUGGAAAGUGCUGAACUAUGACAAGACGAAAGACCUGGAGGAUCAGAAGUCGGGAGGCAGGACAAACCCCCGGACCUCCUCAGCCCCCCAGGCCAAUGCCCCAUCCUCGGAAGAGGAGGCCGGGGGCACCCUGGGCCCUGAGCAAGGCCCUGCCCGGGCGGCCAGCCACCCCUCAGGCCCUCUGUCCGAUCACCACUGUGCUUACACCAUCCUGCACAUCUUGAGUCACUUACGGCCUCAUGAACAGCGGAGCCCCCAGGGUGGGAGCCGGGAGCUCGUCAUGAGGGUCACAACGGUGUGAGAGGAGAGGCCUGGAAGGGAGGCCGUGACCAUGCACAGAGAUGGGGAGGCUGGGCCAGGAAGGGGCCAGGGCCUGGCAGGGCCGCAGUCUGGGGAGCAGGUGUGGGGAGGCUAGGGGCACCCGGGGGGCUGGAGCAGAGGGCAGGCAGAGGGUGGUGGGCCUUGAGGGGGCCCUGGAGGCAGGGUCAGAGCUGAAACGAGUGAGGCUGGUGUCCAGAAUGCUUUCAUGAUUCCAAUCAGUCAAGCCCAAUCUUCCACAAGAGCAAGGAACUCCAGCACAAACUCAACAAGGAAGUGCAAUGCCGCUGGAACCGAGGGAGCGCAAGGACAACAAUCCUGGAUGUGCCCAUGCACGAAACACCUGGGAGAAGUGGGGGCUGGGGGUGGGCGAAGCCGGAGAGCUGGUGGUGGUGGUGUCCCUGUGCGCACGAGGGCUGGGAGGAAAAAAUGCAAAGGGUGCGUGAACGAAAAGCACUGUGGCCUGCCUUGUUUUCCCCUCGAGUUUGCUUUUGUUCCCCCCCAACCCUGGGGCUGUGUUUGGGGCCGUGGUGGGGAGGGAGAGGGAUGGGUGUGGGCUGGCAAGGAUGACAGGCAGCAUUGGUGGCCCCUGGGCUCAUCUGAGUGGGCAGGAUUCCUGACUCAGAUGGCUUUAGGGACUCUGGGGCCAUGUGCAGGGAGGGAGAUGUUGGAGUGAGCCCCCAGAGGGAGGGCUAUGUUGGCUUCUCCCAAUUUCAGAGGGGCUCAAAGAGGGCUUAGGUUUGGAGAUGGGUGUCUUUUUGUGCCCUUGUUACUUUAUUUUAUGGUGGUUUGGCUCAAAGAUGUUUACAAGAAACACACACACAACUAGAGAAAAGUACAGAUUUCCUGUGGGCAUCUCAAGCAGUCCUGCUGCUGUGGCUUCAGCCUUCAAAGCUGUCAAUCCAGGAGUGACUUUCCCAACUACCCACCCCUGCCCGUGGCCAGGACAUGCUCAAAGUCAUGCCUUCUCCUGCUUUGGCACAUGCAGAGACCCAGGGCCCCCCAAGGGCAGAGCCCCUGCCACCCAGGGUCUCCCAGGAUAGCUGUUGCAGCAGAUGGGAGGAAGUCAUCUGGACAUGCCCCAAGGCAUGGAGUGGAGACCAAUCUAAGUAUUCCUUGCAACUCUCCCUCCCUGGGGGGCAGUCAUCCCUCAGUGCUACAAACUUCCUGGUCCCUCCCAUGCAGCUAAGCAGGGCGCAGGGACCCUGGCAGGGAUCACUGCCCUUGAGCCCACCUGCUGGUUCCUGGGACCUUGCCAGGGAGGCCACGGUGGCGGGGGGUUGGGGGGGGUGGGCACCUGCAGAGUUUCUCAUUGUCAAUGCACAAUGGCCGUGCCAUCCAUGGGUAUUAAAGGGACACUGUCAAGUACUUUUUUAAACUAGUUUUUAGGGUUUUUUAAAACUCUCUGUUGUUUGUAUUAUUCUCUUAAAAGCUUGAAAAUAAAAUUUCUUUCCCUA